ACUGACAGAAGAUUUACUAUGUCAAUCGUAAAUCAUAUUUAAAUUAAACGAUUUUGAAUUUCUAGCUAGUGGUACAUAAGGAAACAAAGAUGAGGAGAACAUACCGGCGGCUCGAUGAGCCUAACAUGAGCGACAGCUCCCUGCUGCUCAAGGUCGAGGACCUCAUCUCCAUGGCGCUUGGCCCCGAGACUCAAAACUUAGUGAAUUUUAAGCACAUCCAAACAGUGCUAUUUAUGUUGGCCCGCCAGCUGCGCAUGCUCGAACAACAAGUUGAAAUCAGGCUUUUUGAGUCUGAAGAGGAAAUGAUUCCUGAAGUGAAGAAAAGCGAGAAAAAGAUUAGGAAAAGAAAGACGACAGUUCAGGAUCAGUCUGGUAGAAAAGAUACAGGUUUAGAUAAAAAAGGAAAGAAACAGAAAGAUACCGACGAAACCGAUGAGGAUACGGAAGUCUCUCGAAGAAGUACAAGGAAAAAAACAGUAAAAGGUGACGAAAAACAAAAAAAAGAAACUGAGAAGACAUCAGAUAAAGAAAAGAAACCGACCGACAAAGACAUUAAACCGAUCGAGAGAGAAAAAUCUCCGGGCGAUAAGAGAGCUCUUACCGAUAAAGACAUAACUUCUAGCGAUAAAGAAAGAGUAACGACUUAUAAAAAAGUCCCUGAAGACAAAGGUAAAGUUGCUGGCGAAAAAGAAAGAUUAGCCGCUAUUAAAGAAAAGGCCGACCAAGAGAAGAAAUAUGCGGAAAAAGAAAAGAAACAGAGAAUUAAGGCUGGUAUCUCCGAUUCAAGCAUUGAUUACAGAGAUCGAAAAUCUCGGAAAGCAACAGGUCGGGCUCAUGUCGGCAACGUGGAGGUGGUAACGCAGGCGGAGUUCGCGGGACUGGAGGCGGCCGUGCGGCAGCUCGAGCAGCUCGCCAGCCAGCCGGCCGGCCUCACCAUGCCCGAUAACCAGACGCUGCGCGACGACUUGCUGCACGGUACCGCCUCCCUCACCGAGGCCAUGCAGACAAUGCAGGUGAAUGCGCGCGUGCAAGCGGCGGAGGAGGCCAUCGGGCGCAUGGCGGGCCUGCUAACGCAGCUAGCGGCGGCGGGCGCUCUGCCGGCACAGCUUGCGGCCGCCCUGCGGGAUGGCCGGCUCGACCUUUCCGCCCCAGGACUUGAAGACUUGCAACAGGUGUUAUUGAGGCAACGAAAGGAGACCGGGAGGGCGACGGGGGCUUGGCAGACGGCACCGGAACCUUCGGACAUUGAAAUGCGCCCCACUGGCAGGGCGUUGGGCACAAUGGUGGCCGAGCGCGCCGUGGAUGCCGCGACGGAGCCCGCCGCUCCGCCCGAGCCCGAGCCGGCGCCGGCGCCGCCGCCUCCCGCACUACCCACUGACUAUCGCGAUCCCUCUGCGCCUGUCACAGUCAUGGAAUUCGACGACAUCGUGACGGCGCUGAAGAAGCAGAUGUCAUUCGACAUCCAGCAGAUAACGUCGAAGGCGAACGCCGCGGCAGACAACGCCAUCAAAACUGCGCAGUUCGUCGCGGAGAAGUUGGAGCCGGCGAUGGGUAUGGCGGAGCGCAUCAACGUGCUGCGUCUACUGGUGGCAGACUACGCAGACCAGCUGAAUGGCUUCGACGCAGGGCUUUCCACGCAGAUGCAAGGAUUCCAGGAGCAGAUGAACCAGAUGAGGUCAGAGCUGAAGAGCGGGCUGGAGCAGUUGGCUGCCGUCAACAAUAACACAGAGGCAAUAGCGCUGGCCGAGUUGACGGCGCGGUACGAGGACAUGGUGGUGGGACUGGACGAUGUGAACACCACGCACCAGGCGCUCUACACCGUGCAGACCAAGCUCAGCGACGAGCUGCGCAAUUUGGUAGAAAGUGUUGAGAUGUUGCGAGACCAAAAAUCCGAUCGAGACGAGGUUCUAGACGCGCUACGGGAUAAGGCGGACAUUUCGCGACUGGCCGGGCUGCUGACCGAGGAGAAGUUCGCGGAGGCGCGCGCGGAGCUCGAGAGAAUGCUCGAUAUCUGCCAGGACAAGUUCAAGAGGCAGGACAAGACGUGGAUCAGGGCGCUCGAGGACAUCGAGAGGGCGCUGGAGACGAAGGCGGGGCAGACGGAGCUGAUGUCGGGCCGGCAGGACGUGGAGACGCGCCUGCAGGAGCUGCACGACCUGCUGCAGCGCCUCGAGGAGCAGCUCGGGGACCCGAUCGCGGCGCUGCUGAUGCGGCGGCUGGGGCGCGGCGCGGUGUGCGGCGCGUGCGGCACGAGCGCGCUGAUGACGCCCGGCGUGCCCGCCCAACCCCCCGAACUGCCCGCGCUGCCCACCUCGCGCCCUCCGCCGCCCGCCGCGCGCCCCCCUCCGUCCGCCGCGGACGCCGACGCCACGCACGUCUGCGUGCCGCAUCCGCACGUCGAGGAUGUCAAGUAA